CCACAACCUCUCUUCUAUCAUCCUUGCAGAUAUGGUAUGUUCAUGCAUCACACGAUAGUCAACGAGUAAACAAUAUAACCCUGUAAUCACGCUAUUUCCGGCAUCUAUAGCGCUAUUCAAACAUCAAAUCACUGAAAAGAGGAGUAGUGAAUGACUGGAGAUGAUCGACUUGGAAUGCGGGAGCCCCUGCGCUGCCAACCGCACUAAGAUAAGACCACUCUUGCGAUCCUAUCUGCACGUGAUGAUGUUUGUUGGUGCCCCAGGAACCACACCGCAAUCCCGGACCUUCGCGCCGCAUUCAUCCAAUCUAUCCAAUCUCCAACUCAGUAAAGUAACCACUCAGCCCUACCAAGCUGACGAGUCGUUACUCUACGGACCUACUGAGUAGGUCUUCCAUCAACUCCCACACGCAAUGGCCCGCCUAAAGUCCGUCCGCGCGCCCACAACCGCCAGUUUACCCAGCAAUCUCCGCAUCCCCUCCUCCACGCCGUCCCUAGUCAAAGCUUUUGGCAAGCUCACCCGGCAGGCACUGCUGGAUCUUGCGUUUCAAUGGCUCGACGAUCGCAACCUGCAGGCUUUCCCACCAUAUCUCCAAGAAGAUGAAGACCAAAAAGAGGAGGAGGACGAGGGACUAAGUCCCUACCCGGCGGAGCGCACCGUCAACGACGUCCGAAACGCAUACCAGGAACUGCAGCUGCGCAAAGGCGGCAAACGCGAAGUAAUUGAUCGCAUCCUCGAAGGCGACUGGAGGCAUGGCAUUACCCUGCGACAACUAGCCAUGGUCGACCUUCGCUACAUCGACGACCACUCCUCCAGCCUCCGAUGGACCGCACUGGAACUCUCCCGCAUCGAAAGCCAACAACAACAACAACAACAACAACAACAACAGCAUCAACAAUCAGACUCCUCCGACCUAUCCGCAUGUCUCCCGCGCGUCCACGCCUCAACCUUCCUCAGCAAGCUCCAGCAACAGAUCGCUCCGCUCGUAAAAGCGCACUACUAUCUCUCCCGCUCGACCUCCCUCCCUCUCACCUUCCUCCGCAUCUUCGUCACCAACUCCCCCUACCAACAUCCGCGCCAGGCCGCCGAACUCCUCACCGACUCGUCGCGCGUCAUCUACAUCGCUUUCCCAGAUAGCUGUCCCUACAUAUACACCUCCAUUGCCUCCACCCCGGGCUCCUCAAAAUCCAGCAGCGCAUCCGCAACCCCCCACGCCAUCGCAACCGACCCCCGCAGCCUGCAACGUCUCGUCCGCGACGCCCUCCCCAAGGCCCUCUCUCUCCCCCACCAGCGCUACACCCUCAAACCCACCUCCCUAACAGCAAAGAGUCUCCAAGCGCUCCUCUCCCUCCGCGGCCCCGGCCGCGCCAACCAAUCCACCGGCGCAUUCAGCAUCUUCGCCGACGCCGCCCUCGAAGGAAGUCCCCUGGACCCUCGACCAUCCAGCACCGUCACUCCAGAAGAACACAUGAACCAUCCAUCGCACCACAAGGAGAACCAACACCCAGACGACGCAGACACUUCCACCUCUAAACCACCCAAACGAUCCAACACCGACCACGAAGACCCCCACGUCUUCAAAAAACGAACCCUAACCGUACAAUCCCGCUUCGGUACCUCCGCAUCUCUAUCCUCUGCUCCUCUCGACCGUCUCGAUAUCCGUCUCCUCGAUCCCCCAACUCCCACAUCCACAGCAUCAUCAUCGUCAUCAUCAUCAACACCGACCCUCUCCCUCACCUUCACCGGCACAGACGUAAUCAGCGGAUUCCGCAAACUAGCCGAAACCGGCAUCAUCAAUGCAGAAAAGAUGCCUUCGUGGAUGACGGGCGAAGAAGCAGUGAGUGUAGCUGCUGUUCGUCGGGGUCGGCGGGUCGUGAAGGAUAGUGGAUGAUUAUGAUGGCAUACACGCAUUUAUUCAUCAUUCAUUCGUCCUUUCAUCCUCGGUAGUGGCUGUGUGGGUGUCACUCGCCCAGAUACAGACACGUAGCUAGUGGUCUGGAGGGGCUGAAUACCUACCUCUUAUUCCCAUGUAGUGGGAGUGUGCGCCCGGGGUUCAACUUAUGGACAUAUUCGUCCACAUGUCUGUGUGGCCAAUACGGACUCCUGACUUAACGGUGUGGUUGGCUCGAGCAUGGUAUAUAGUAUCGUAGAUUUUGGACACUCAUCUGUUAAGAUGGACUAGUUGUUUGCCGGCAAUGGCUUGGCCGUUGUACUAUCUAGCAAGAACUAUUACUCAGGGUCGCUGGAAAGAUCCUAGACAGUGGGGAGA